AUUCAUCGUCCUGUAAAAUGCAAAAUGUGCUUACAGUUAAGGGAGAGACAAAUGAGUGAAGCUUUAUUGAAGGAGCUGCGUCGCUUUGCAUGAUCGUACAUUAUACCACCUUCCAAUUAAGGGUUUCACUCUCUCUCUUCACAGUUCUCUCUCUCUCUCAAAACAGAAGAAAUCCCUUUUCUCACAAAUAUUCUCAUCAUCAUCGUCAAAACAUUCUAUUUGAUCGAGUAGUUGCCUCCUGCUAAAAUGUUUCCAUUUUCUCAUUUCUGAAAAACUGCCAAUUCUAAAUCAAACUUGAGUUUUCAUGCUCAAGAUCCAUUUGGGUGUGCUUUGUUUGACGUGAACAUGAAUCAUUUUGACGAUAGUCAAAUUUCUGCGCCAGUUAAUUUUGGCGGCAAAAUUGCAUAUGAUGACCGUCCGCAGCCAAGAAACCCUAACCAACAAUCCUUUCCAGAUCUUGGCUUCAAGAGACCAAGGCCAAGAAUUCCCCUAUCAGUAAACAGGUCAAAGCUCUCCAUUCCUUACAAAUCAGAAUUGUGCCUUCUAUUCCAAAGGCGCAAAUGUUAUUACGGUGAAAACUGCCACUAUGCUCAUAAUCCGAAUGAAAUCAGACGCCAUAAUCCUCAUAGAUGUGAUCUGAAUGUUGGGAGAGAUGAGGCUGGAUUGAACAGAAUGAGUGGUAGAGGCGACGGAGAUUGGAUUGAGUGCAGGAAUUUGAGAAGCGGCGGCAGCCGCCAUUAUAAGACGAGGCUUUGUGCCAAGUGGGUGGAGAGGUCUGGUAGCUGCCCUUAUGGGGAGAAAUGUACCUAUGCUCAUGGCAUAGAAGGUGGUUUAUCAGUGCUAACCAUUUCUUUGUUGCUAUGUUCAAGAUUAAAUUGCUAUCGGUUAUAUGAUGUUGUUUCUCUGUUCUGUUGCAUUUAUGUGUAUGUGGUGAAUGAAUCAAGAGUGACAACUUAGGCUUUAGUUGCACAGACUAUGGGAGACACAUAAUGUGCUAGUCUUGUUAUUUUAGGAGUAAACGUUUUCGAUUAGUGAAAAUAAUAAGACUAGUGGUUUUCUCAGACAUGUAUUAUUUUCAGGGACAUGUUCAAAGAGUAGUGAAGUUAUGAAAGUUUGGGGCGGGCAGUUAUUUUCGGGCAAGAUUUGCUUACCUUUCAUGUGUUUUAGAUCUUUUGAGUAGCAAUUCGUUUAAAUGGAUAUGUUUGAAUCAGAAUACUGUUGCAGUUGAAGUUUUGUUGCCUGCACCUCAUUCUAAUUAUGGUAGCUAAUUGGUGCUGCUAGAUCUUGUUUCCUCCCCUUCCGCAGCUCUUUAUUAUUCUUUGGUGCUAGUGGUAUGUUUCGGGGCAUCUAG